AUGGAUGCUAACUUGACCUUUGAAAGCCUACCGCUUAUCCCUGGUAUUGGUAACGUUUCGGCCUUUCGCAAUGAUACCAACAUUAUGAACAUCGCUGCUGGUUACAACGAAGCGUGGAUCUUCGACUGGAAGAUUAACACGGCUUUCUUAUUUUUGUACGUGGCUCUGAACUUUCCCAUCAUCCUCCUGUUCGUCCUCCAUCCACCCUUUCGUAGUUCUUUCUCAUUCUACGUGACAGUUUUGGCCGUUUGCAACAUCGUUCAGGGCGUGGGCAAUGCGCUGGUCGUCUUGUUAUACGCAAUCGUGAAACCGUUUAAUAUCUAUGUCGAUGCGUUGUCGGUGUACGUUCCGGAAGUUUUGUACAUGCUGCCGAUACAGAUUCACGCCUUGAUUUCCUUCAGUCGUCUGUGGGCGCUGAGCUUUCCGAUACACUACCGGCUUUACCACAAUAUGAAGCUGGCCGGGAUAUUGUGCGGUGCGACAAUAGUAUUCACCCAUUUGUUGACUGCUCCGUACAUUCUUUCCAACACGCUAGGAAUAGCAAUAUACGGAAUAGACGAGAACUACGCUCCAAUGCUGCAGAUUGUGGUGAAGGACACACCGUUGACCUUUCUCGUCCUCAGCUAUCCGAUGGUGCUGGGGCUGUAUUGCAGAAGACACCAAAAGAAAACGGAGCUAACAAAGUUGAAGGAUACACAAAUGCAGAAGCGGCGGCAAACCAGAAAACAGGUAUUACAAUCUACACUGCAGUCGCCUUAA